UCACGUCCGUGAGAAUAGUGAGAUAUUUUUAAUGGUAACAACAAUAUUUGCCAGGACGUCCUUUCGUUCUUCCCUUUCACGCAAAGUCGUCCCCAUAUAAAUUCCCCAUACAUCAUCAUUUUCACACGUCAUCCUGGAAAUGAUUUUAUCUAGUUCACGGUGAUGUAAACUCAUUCCUACCUUUGCCAAAUUUCCGCUCAUACAAAAUUGUUACAAACAAUCUCACCCAGUUUACCAUGUCAUCGUAAUCAUCGCAUUAUGUCAUGUCAUAAAAUCAAAAACUAUUUCUAAGCUAUUUGUUUGAAUGGAUUCUUGAUUUAUUACAGUUUAUCUUUUCAUGCAUUUAGUAUGAAAGUAUAAGCUGGGGGUGGAAUAGUGGAGUGGUAACAAAUUGUAUGAAAAUAUGUGUGAAAAAUCACGAUGGAACAACCACGUGGUCCGUACCGUAUCACGAGGCGUUUUAUGCUCAAGAGUGGAGGAAAAAUGGGCUGAAAUUCGGAAAAUGGCAGACGAAGUCCAGCUAGAAGAGCUCACCAGGUUUGUGUCCAACUUGAAGGAUUGCGACGAUUUUGGAGGAGUGCUGCACCGAAACACAUUUAGAGUAAAUCGUAAAAUUGGAGUGGUCGGCUUGGGAUUUUUUGGUCCUCAUCUGGUCAACCUGGCCUCUUACGAUGUCGCCAUAACCAUUGAAGACCUACGACAACGAAGUCGCCGCAUCUUUGCCACUGAGUUCUAUAACGUCCCUGCAUUUAAGAGUCAAAUGUUUUACGUCACAUUUGACAACAUGAUUGUGCUUGAACCCAAUCGCUUUUACAAUAUUGGCUUUCAGUUGGAUGGUCCCAAAACUGGAAUCCUGGACCCAAUUAAAGUUAUUCAAACAGUGUCAGAAUUGCAUGUCGAGUUCGCCUUUCUCCGUGGUUCCCUUCAAAUGCCAGAAAUUAAAUAUGUCAUACUCGAUUAAUGCACCAUUGCAGUAUAUCUGUGUAUGAAAAUUGAAAAAAGUAAACUAAAUUUGAAGUACCCAACAUA